GCCGAUCUGCUUGUGCGUCGUCUGUCCGUCUCCAUUCGUCGUCGUUCACAAGCGAUCCCAUCUGCUGCGCGCCCGAGUCCCUCCAGAAGGCCUCGCCAUGCCAAAAUACUACUGUGAUUACUGUGAUAUUUUCCUCACCCAUGACUCGCCCUCCGUAAGAAAGUCCCAUAACAGCGGCAAGAAUCACAAGCUGGCAGUCCAGAUGUACUAUUCGAAUCUCAGCCACGAAAAGGUUCAAGAUGUCAUCGAUCAGAUCACAAAGGCAUACGACGGAAAAGUCGGCGCUCCCGAAUUCAACUCGCCUUUCGGCAGCUCAUUCCCGCCCCCUCCAAUGCGAUCCGGCGGCCCGGGCAUGCCGCCAUACGGCCAUCGGCACCCGCCUCCAGGUCCUAACGGUCCACCUCCUCCCAUGGGCAUGAGGGGGCCUCCUCCGCCUUUCCGGCCAGGCAUGCCGCCUCCUCCCUUCCCACCUCCUCCGGGCGGAUACGGCAUGCCGCCUCCCGGUUACAUGCGACCCCCGCCCCCUGGGUUCGCUCCUCCUCCUGGGGCUCGCUCUGGACCUCCGCCUGCCGGCAUGCCCCUUCCGCCUCCGGACUCGUCUGCACACACCCACGGGCAUCCUCCGGGAGGACCUGGCUAUCCCGGAGGGCCUGGCUAUCCCGGUAACCCCAGCGGUCCCCUCCCUCCUUCGCGUCCAGGCCCGCAUGAAGAUGGACCUGCAGCCAAGCGCACCUUCGAAAGCGAAGCCGACGACCAUCACCAUGCCAAACGCGCCCGAGAUGAGUGACAUUACUGAUCCACACGUCUCGGGGUUGCUGGCUGUACUCUCAAGUAUGGCGAGGAUGAGAUUGCUGAUGGCAACAGUGCCUUUGCUCGAGACGCACAUUUCACACAGCAGUACAUACUACCAUGUGAUUGAAUGCAAUAGCUGCUCUGUACACUUUCUUCAGCUCUCUCUGGGGACUGAAUACGCUCACAUUCAUCGUCUUGCACGCUUAUCCAUGUCGUGGGGGGGGGAGCACAGUAAGGCCCAUAUUUCCCGCCAGCCAUCGCCGAUGAUAAUCAUUUCCUGGGCCACACGGUCCUGGAGGCUGCUGGUUGGUUUCCAUAAGCGCCAACCGAGUCGCGCACCAUGGCCAUGGGUCGAGCUCCGCCCGGCAUCACCAAC